CAAAUAUCGAUAUUUUUAAAACAUCGGUGAUCGGUCAUAUGUGCGCAACCCUAAAACUGGAGUUUCCUUUUGACUUUUACGUUUAACCCUGUGGUGAAGUGGGGUUAUUUCAAUCAUGGGGAAAGGAAAUAACAUGAUUCCUAAUGGCCAUUUCCAUAAGGAUUGGCAGAGAUUUGUCAAAACUUGGUUUAACCAACCAGCAAGGAAGCAUCGCAGGAGGCAAAAUAGAAUCAAGAAGGCUAAAGCGAUUGCACCUCGUCCAGUUGCUGGACCUCUUCGGCCGGUUGUUCGUUGUCCAACUGUCCGUUAUCACACAAAAGUUCGCGCUGGACGCGGGUUUACCCUUCGGGAAAUUAGGGCAUCAGGUUUGAACCCGGCUUUUGCUAGAACGAUUGGUAUUGCUGUGGAUCCACGGAGGCGUAACAAGUCUGUAGAAUCACUGCAGACAAAUGUCCAGAGAUUAAAAGAAUAUCGUGCCAGACUAAUUCUCUUCCCUAAGGGCAAGAAGGUACUGAAGGGCGAAGCUACUGAGGAAGAGCGUAAACUUGCUACACAGCUCCGCGUUCCACUAAUGCCUGUACAACAGCCAGCUCCAAAAUCAGUUGCCCGAGUAAUAACUGAUGAAGAAAAAGACUUCAAAGCCUAUCAAUAUCUCAGAGGGGCACGGUCAAUCGCUAAACUCGUUGGCAUCAGAGCUAAGAGACUGAAGGAUGCUGCAGAAAACCCUGACGAUGUCACUAAAGCGCCAACAGCCAAGGAACCUAAAGCCAAGAAGUGAAAACUCCAAUAAAGUUGCCUAAAAAGUU